AUGAACGUCUGUGCAGUGGUUGUCGCUCUGUCAGUGGCUCUCGCUGCCGCGACGGCCGUCGACAGCACCGACCGACCCGUCGGGACGCUCUUGAGCUGUCCCCCCAUGCGCCCAAUGGACUCGCCGUGUCUCUGGGCCGGACCCAACGGCCGCGUUGUCGACGCGUCCACACUGCAGGGCCUGUUGCUCGCGCGGGACCGCGUGAGGCCCAUCGACCGCGCGUCGAGUCUGCGCAAUCUGCAGCUCCACAUGUCGUACCUCGAAGACGUGAGGAUGCAGGCGGACAAGAUGGGACACGAGUUCUCGUACUACAUGGGAGUGAACGAGCGGCACUUGGCCGUGACGUCGCUUCGGGACGCAACGCCCGAGCAGUUUGUCGAGCAGGAGGUGCAGGCAAUGGCCGUCGCUCGGCGUCUCCAGGUGCAGACAAACAGCUCCGGCGCUGCUCCAAGUACGGGCUCUCCGGCCAACGCAAGUGCAGGCAGCUCGCAGUACUGGAACUGGUGCGACGCGUCCAACUCGAAAGGCCACUCGGUGUGCUCAGCUGUCAAGAGCCAAAAGACCUGUGGGAGCUGCUGGUCGUUCGUUGCCGCGGAUGCCAUUGAGACGGCAGUUGUUAUUGCCGAAAACACGUCGACCGCCGUGUCGUUAUCGCCGCAGCAGUUUCUCAUGUGCAGCACGUUGCAAACCACGCAGACGUUUGACUACUGCUGGGCCUCGGACAAUGGCGUGCCGGGGGCCAGUUGGAUGCAGACGCAGAUCAAGUGGGAGUCGCAGAACGAUGGAUGCAAUGGCGGCAUGACACACGCGGCGUUUAUGGACGCGGCGCAGCGCGGCUGGGGACUCGUGACGGAGCUGACAAUGCCGUACGAUGACUCGAAUCCCGGGAGCUACGUGACGUCCAACACGUCUUCGGCAUGCAAUGUCCGCGCGGAAGAUGCAGCAGCGAGUAUCACGGGCUGGGAACAGAUCGUAGGCAUUGACUGCUCGGUUUCCAGCAAUUGCACGCUGCUGCUUCGUGCAGCAAUAGAGAGACAGCCCAUUGCGGUUGCCAUCACGUCGAACGGCGGCUUCAGCGAGUACCUUGGCGGGUUCUACCGCUGCCCCAAUAACGGCGAGAUGGCGUCAAAAAACGACCUGAACCACGCCCUCCUUCUCGUGGGCUACGGCACUGACAGCACGCACGGCGACUACUGGAUCCUCAAGAACUCGUACGGCAGCUCGUGGGGGGACAAUGGGUUCAUGAAGCUCGUAGCGGACGCCAAGAUCAACUGCGGGCUGAACGUCUUCCCCGUUAUUCCGACGGGCGCGAGGGCAGGUGCGCAAGCGCGCACGACGAUCGACAGUGGCGGGGACAAGGUCUUUGUGGGCUUGAGUCCGUCCGCGUGGAUCGGUGUAGCAAUUGCAGCUACGGUUUUCACGCUGGUCGCGACGGCAAUUGGCGUGUGGGUGUCCCACCGGAAACUGCACCGCCUCCGCAAGCAGCACUCGGCCAUGUACACUGCCGUCAGCACUCCUACGAACAGCGCCUACUAG